AUGGAAGUUGUUUUGGAGAAAAGCCUUUGGCCUACUGAACCUUACCUUUUGCCUAGGUCAAAAUACGGAUGUCCAGAAGUUGCAUCAAAAGGAUGGCAGAAUGGAUAUAUCAUUAUGACAUUGAACCAAUCGCUGCAUUCUUUCUACCAAUCAGAUGCAUUUAUGGAGAAUAUCACUGGCAUAUUUGACGUAUCUUACAUUGAUACCAACAAUCUAAUUGAAGCAUAUGAUAAAGGCAACUUUUUCCGAAUGGAUUUCUGUUACAAAGAUCAAACCACGGCUGUAAAGGAACAUGCUGCGUGGCCAACAGGCAAAUAUCAAAUAUAUUCUGCGGACGGCAAAUGUCCAACUGGUUUUACGACCGGAACUGUGUCUUUAUACCUGCCUCCAGUAAACACGUGGAAUGCAGAUGGACAGCUGCCCUACUUUGUAUUCACCGAGGAAACGAACUUUACUUAUUUGCGUAUUUCUGUCUGCAAUAAAGACAUGCACAACACAAACGACUUUAAUGGAAAUUCACCAUUUAUGCUUAUCAAGCAUGACAAAUAUGACUGCCCAAACGAUGGUGAGAAUUCGACUGCUAAGAUAGUAUCUGUCCAAGACGUCGUUGCUUCGACCGACAGCAACACUCUCGCACCUUUUCGGCUCUGCUUGAUUACCCCAUUCCCUAUGCAUGGUCCAGGACCGGACAUGUGUGCCAAAGAACUAGGAAUCGAAGACGAAAGCGUCAAAGCGUACCAGCUUAGUGCCAGCUCCCACAUUGAGGGACACGAGGCUGUGAAUGCCAGACCGAGGCUGAGAGGAUGCCGCGAUAUAUAUAUUAUUGCUGGUAUUGGAAUGGUAAAUGCAAUUACAAAUAGACAGCGUUUUACGAUUUCAUACGAAGCAAUUUCGGCCAACGAUAGUGACGAAAAUGAACAAGCAUAUAAAUGUUCUCCACACACCGGUCAGUGCUAUUCGUUCCACGUGUACGAAUACCGGACUUGGAUUGAAGCUAGCGAAUACUGCUCCUCCCAGAACAAAACCCUUGUGACGAUUUGGAACAAAGAUGAGCUGAUGUUUAUGAAGAGCAUGCUGCGAAAUUUGCAGUCGAGGCUAUCUGAACACAUCAUUCGUGGUGGUGCCUACAUGUCGAUGUAUAUUGGAUUAUUUCGGUAUGUUGACGACGAAGGUAAUCUACGAGAGUCAUGGGUUGAUGGGCGACCUGUUUAUUUCAAUGCCUGGCAAGCGUCUGAGAGGACAUCUAUGGCCCCUAAUGCAAAUAUACACGAAUGUGCAGUUAUUGAUCUUACUUUGGACUUUAAUCGGACUGACAUCUGGAGGCUCGACUUAUGCACGACAGAAGUUGUUGGCCGUGGAAGUAUGAUGCAUGGCUUUGCAUGCGAAUCAAGGCAAAGUAUUUCAGAUGAACACUUUAAGAAUGAUUUUUCAACAAAGGAAAGUUUUGAUUUUCCUAUUAAAAUGUCGCAUCUGUUAUUCCGUUGUGAUUCUGGCGAGACGGUUUCCAAUCUUGCAGUUUGUAACGGUUUACCGGAAUGUUUUGACCAGACAGACGAAAGGAAUUGUUCAGCGAAGGAAAAGUGCGAUGAUGGGUAUUUCAAAUGCGACAGUGGCGAGUGUAUUAAGAUCAGCCAAGUUUGUGAUUUCAUCCAAAACUGUGUGGACGCCUCUGAUGAAUUCUGUGAUUUUCCUCGUUGUAAUCCGGAUUCAGAAUUCACAUGCAACAAUGGUCAAUGUGUUCCAAAAGAAGACCGAUGUGACGCCAGCUUUCAAUGUUUGGACAAGUCUGAUGAACAUAACUGUGCUUUCUGUAACGACGAAAGAGCAUUUGAAUGCUCCAAUAGACAAUGUAUACCAAAGCAGUACAUCUGCGAUGACGUAACAGACUGUUUGGACCAAUCAGAUGAGAAAAACUGUCAUGACGAUGCUUAUGUCACUUGCGAUGAUGUCUUAGCGGAAGGCCAUACAAGUAGCGGUCUUUAUUACAUGAAAAAAAGUGGGCCUCAGAUACAUUGCCACUUUGAUAAGUACAACAAAACGAUUCGAACAGUUUAUCUCAACAUCGAUUGGAAGGGUGAAUAUUUAUACAAAAACAAUGGCUUGGGUGCAAAGUUUGUACCUUCCUUUCGUUUUGAGGAAGCGUUCAUAUUUAUGACGAAUGCGACUCGGAGUGGGUACGUGUGUUCUAUGGAGUUCCCGUUUAAAUUCAUUCCUGAAAUAAAAGAAGUUAUGAAGGUGGAGUAUGCGCUGAACGACACAUCCUUCGAGGAAAUAGACGAGUUUCCUAGUGGUAGAAUUUCUAAUUUGGUUCAGGACUUUGCGACACGAAGGGGAAUUAAUCUUGGUCCAACGAUGGAGGAAACAGCCAUAUUUAUGCUUGGAAAUCCGAAGGGCAAUGCAUACUUAGAUGUUGUCGAGCAGAAAAAGUCAAUUGUUGUAAGCUAUCGUGGAGAUUUUGAUGACAAAGUCUUUCGAUUUGAUAUAGGACCUAUUGUCUGUGAAAAGGAAUCCGACGCAUUCCUUCAUAACGGAAGUGACGUUUUUCCUUGUGGAAACCAUCAACAGCCAGCAUUAUUGUUAAAUCGAUGUCAUUUGUCGCAUGAUAGCAACGGACAUAUGCAGGGUUGCAGAAAUUUUGAACACCUUCAAAAUUGUGAUUCCUUUGAGUGCAGAAAAACAUUCACCAAAUGUCCUGGGAGUUUCUGUAUUCCUUCUUCCUAUGUUUGUGACGGUAAAGUGGACUGUCCGAAUGGCGAUGAUGAAAAGUUCUGCGGAUGCGAAGAGGAAAACAAGACGAUUAUCGUACUUUCCUACGGAUACAUUCGGGCAGACCAUGAGCUAGCCUUUAAAUUUGCAAGCAAAUUUGUCAACGAUCAUCGUCCGGCAUACGUAUUGAAAGUAAUGAGAGAAAGAGGCACGCUCCAAUAUGAACUGUUUGAAAGGAGGUUCCCGAGCGAUCAUAUUGCAAUCAGUGGAUUAUGGGCAUCGACCAAUUCAACCUACGUGGUGGAAUUCCUUUCCAUAUCUUCAAACGUGUUGGUAUCAUUCUUACCGACGCAGCCGUACAACAAUUUAGAAUAUGAGCUCCUUUACAAUAGCACCAAGAUCACCGGAAAUGCAUCGUUUUAUCGCAUAGUGAAUGAAGAAACAUCAAGUUUGUUACGAAAUCAGAAUCUAUCAGACACUGACAAUACCUUACCUUUUAGCAUUACAGAAGUAAGAAUAUCGAGCAGAAAGCUAGUAGUUUACUAUGGAUGGAAUCUUAUACCGAAUGUGUGUACAACAAGCAGUACAUAUACUCGAUGUGUGAACGGAUACAGAUGUGCCAGGAGUCUUGUCUGUUUAAAUUUGAACCAGAUUUGCGACGGUGUUGUCCAAUGUCCGAAUGGAGAUGACGAACGGUUAUGCAAUUACCAGUGUCCACAAAAUUGCUCAUGCGAAGACCUUUCUAUUGUUUGCAGUGAUAGCAACAUUGGAUGGGAAGACGUUAAUACAUUCCCUGAUCAAAUUAUGACACUUAAAGUAGGUCCAACUAAUGACGAUAAUGUCAUGAACAUUAGAAAGUUUUUCUACUAUUUGGUUUCACUUAAUGUUUCUUACAGCGGUAUUAAAGAGGUAUCAGGCUCAUCACUUAAUUAUCUUCCAAAUAUCAAGGUUCUUGAUAUAUCUUACAACAAAUUAAUAACAGUGAAGCGAAAUACAUUUGUCACUCUAAAAUAUUUGACAAAACUCGUUAUAAAAGGAAAUAAAUAUCUUCUUUCAAUCGAGCCAGGGGCAUUUAAUAAUUUGAAGGUGGAUGCACUAUCAUUUUACCGAUGUGGUUUAAUGAGCAUAGAAGAAGAAACGUUCAAAGGUCUAAAACUGAAAGAACUUGAUCUGUCUCAAAAUAAUAUCCGUACCGUCAGCGACUUGGCAUUUAAAGAUGUUUCUGUACAUACACUAAAUCUCGCGGAUAACCCGUUGUCACAAUUUGGAAAGGACAUGUUCCAAGGAGUUCGUUCUUUAUCAGAACUGCAAACACCAUCAUUUAAAUUUUGUUGCAUUCGGCCUUCUUAUCUUUUGGAAGAAAAGUGCUAUCCGCAUCGCGACGAAAUUUCGUCAUGCGAUGAUUUGAUAGUUAAUUCUGCACUUCAGGCACUUUUAUGGGUAAUAGGCAUUCUUGCUGUUUUAGGAAACAUUUUGUCAUUGCUAUUUCGAUUUCUGUAUGAUCGACAAAAGUUGAAAAAAGGAUAUGGAAUAUUUGUGUCCAAUCUUGCAUUAGCGGACUUAUUAAUGGGAUUAUACAUGCUUAUAAUAGGAAUCGCAGAUACGAAAUUUAGAGGAAGGUACAUAGAAUUUGACGAGAGUUGGCGCACAAGUGCGUGGUGCCAUCUGGCUGGUGUGUUAUCAACACUUUCAUCAGAAGCCGGUGUACUUUUCAUUUGCCUGAUCACCCUUGACAGAAUAUUGGUGAUCAAAUAUCCGUUUGGUCAGGUACGGUUUUCUACUGCUUCUGCUGUAAUGACUGCCAUAGGAUGUUGGACAGUUGCAUUCCUGGCGGCUACUAUUCCUUUGGUUCCCGGUUCAUACUUUGACGGGAGGUUUUACACGUCGAGAGCCGUUUGCACAGCCCUUCCUUUAACAAGGGAUCGACAACCGGGAUGGUCUUAUUCCAUCGCCAUGUUUAUUGGAUUUAACUUCGUGUCUUUUAUCUUCAUUGCGUUCGGACAAUCCUGGAUAUUUUAUGAGAUAAGAAAAGCAUCCUCUCGAAGAAAACACAUGAAUGUCACAAUAUCUAAUGAUAUGAAAGUGGCCAGGAACCUAUUGAUGGUUGUUACUACCGACUUUCUGUGUUGGUUUCCGGUUGGUUUAAUGGGAAUGCUUGCAUUGUUUGACGUACCUAUACCCGGAGAAGCAUAUGCAUGGACGGUCGUUCUAGUAUUACCGAUAAAUUCUGCAUUAAACCCAUUUUUGUACACUUUAUCAAUACUCUUAAACCGAGAACCAGCGAAAAGAAAAGGAAAAGGAUAUGGCUCCCAUAUCGCUACAGAUAGAACAGAAAUGUCUACACAGUAGCAGCUUUCACCAGGGCGUUGUAACACAGGUUUAAGUUGAAACGAUUUGUGUAUAAGGUGUGGCAUUAUGAACAUUAUUGAUGUUGGAAAUAAGUGCAGUGAUGAGAGCUUGUUAGCAGACUUAACCCCGGGGGAAUCAUUAAAUGAUUAUAUUGACUUUUCAAAAGCGUGAUGCUCUAAUUAUAUGAAUACAUUAAUAUUAUUGUAUAUAUGUUUCAUGUUAUUGUUGUCAUUUGUUACCCCUGGUCUUAUACCAUGUGAUUCUAAAAUCCGAUGGAUAAAUAUUCACUCAUUGAAGCUAGUUACUUUUUAAUAAAUCCGGACAUAUAUUGUUGUCUGCUAGGCGUUUCACUGUAGUCUCAAUUGAUUGUAGUCAAUUGUAUCAUCGCGUAGUGCAGGUACAUCAACUAUUCCGACAGCAUUGUAUAUAUGUUCAUUAAACUACAUAAUGCACAUGAGUAUGUACACGCCUUGAUUAACAAUUAUAGUGAAGUGUUCACUUGAGCAAAACAGAGACUGGUAGUUUAUACUCAUAUUUGCAUAACUGUGGUAUUUGUUUUGACAUCUUCAGUGGGUUGGCAUACAAUAAGGGGGCCAUGUCGAUGUUUUGCUUGACCCUUACACGUUUAUACUGUUUAUAGAAUGUACUUAUGUCGUUGUUCUUUGUAUAUUUUUUGUAAAAACUGUUUUC